UUGUUUCCCUUGCUAGCAGGCAGUAAGCUAGGUUGGAUAAGUUGGCAACUACAGGGAUACGUGGUUUAAUCGUUAGUUUAUAAAGUGUGCUUGUAACAAAUUGCUGUUUACAGUAAUUGACAAGCCCAUAGAGAGGAUAAAUUGCCUGUUUCCCAUUUAUGCAAGUUGACAUUAUUUAGUCACUGAAGACUACUACGCUGGUUGGAUUUAUUACAGGUUUGAGCGUGAUUUGUAGUGAAGAUGGCAGCACCUGUUCCGCAGUCCCUGUCUGCAAAGUUUGUAGGUUCCUUCGCAUAUCUUACUGUAAAAGACAGACUUCCACUGAUCCUCACAAGAGCUAUUGAUACCUUACAUCGGCAUAAAUAUCUGUUCCUGGAACAUCAUGGAGAGGAAGGUGUGGAAGCUGAAAAGCAGACCAUCUCCCUCCUUUCCAAGCUACUGAAUGAACUCAAGACAGACAAACCUGUUAUUCCUCUCACUGAUAAACUCUGUGAUACUGAACAGUGGAACCAGUAUUUGGAGCGCCAGCAAGUGCUGAUGGGUGGAGAUGAAAAACCAAGCUGGUUUAAAUCUCCAUGGCUGUAUGUUGAAUGUUACAUGUACCGGAGAAUCCAUGAAGCACUACAGCUUAACCCUCCAAUUUCCAGUUUCGAUGUAUUUAGUGAAGGAAAGUUCAAGAGUUUCUUCGACUCUCAAAAAGCAAUCAUUCUUAUCUGUACAUGUAUUCAGGAUCUAAGUAAAAACGUGGAGAACUUGGACGAUGGACAGCUGAAGGAGGAAUUUCUGAAAUUAUUUCAGGUUUCACUUUGGGGAAACAGAUGUGAUCUUUCCAUUUCUUCAAGUGAAGACAACUCACAAACAUCUAAUCCAUUAGAUUGUUUAGAUAGUCUAAAACCCUUUAUUUUAAUAGAUGACAUAGAAAGCAUCUGGUCAAUACUUGCGAACAGCAAGAGGACAAGGAAUGAUACCACUCCUAAAGCAAGGGUUGAUAUAAUAUUGGACAAUGCUGGCUUUGAACUGAUCACUGAUUUGGUGCUGGCCGACUUCCUUCUAAUUUCAGGACUUGCCACUGAGAUCCAUUUUCAUGGAAAGAACAUUCCUUGGUUUGUUUCUGACUCAACUUAUACAGAUUUCAAGUGGACACUGAGGCAAUUAAAGGCAGCAAAUCACAUGGGGAUGUCUAAAUGUGGAGUUAAAUGGGAGGAUAGUAUUAAGAGUGGUGUUUGGGUAUACCAUGAUGAUCCAUUUUGGACACUUCCUCAUGAAUUUUGUGACAUGCAGCAAGAAGCACCUAACUUGUAUGCUGAACUACAAAAAUCAAACCUCAUUAUUUUUAAGGGUGAUUUAAACUAUAGAAAGCUGACCGGUGAUAGACAGUGGGAGUUUACAGUAUCAUUUCAUCAUGCACUGCGAGGCUUUCAUCCUGCUCCUUUCUGCAUCUUAAGAACUCUAAAAUCUGAUGUUCAGGUUGGCUUAAAACCUGGGCAAGGUGAAGAACUGAAAGCUACUGAUGUUGACUGGAUGACAAUUGGAAAAUAUGCAGUUAUUCAGUUUGAUACACCUUCUAUGUAGUUGUUUAUAGAAUGCCUCAGAGAAGAUACUUCAACCUUUUUAAUUAAAAAGGGAACGUAAUUCUGAUGGGGAUAUGGAUUUUUCUGCACCCAAUUCUGCAACAGCCUUGCUGUCCACUUUUACACGUUUCCCUGUUUUUUGAGCGACUCCCUAAAUGGCAGGGACAGCCGAGAGGGUACCAAGGUGCUGUACAUGUCUAACUCUCAGACUUCUGUUGUUUUCGUAGUCUGUCCAUAUAUCCCAUUCAUCUAAGAUUACUGUACAGUAGGUCUGAUUGUCUGGCUUCUUUGAGCUUUCUGUACAGUCAUUUUAAGUUUUCUACUCUUCCCUCCCAUCCACCUUUGCUUAUUCAGCUCCUGCUGUUGUUCCUUUAGUGUACCCACACUAAGGUUCCUCCUAGUGUUAUGAUACAAAACAGGUAAAGCUGCACACAUUUGAAAACCAGAGGUCUCUGAGCAGUCAAGUUCACUACUAACAAAGUGUCUCCAAUCUCUGUGCUGUAUGUAGGAUGCUCCCCACUUAACAUGAUUUGUGCACUCAAGAGACAUCACCCUUACCUUCUUUGCCAGCCUGUUUUAGUCAGUGUUUUCUUUUUUUUUCCAUAUUGAAGUAUAGUUAGAUUCCUUUUCUGAGCAUCUCAGCAAGCAGAUUGGGACACACAAAGUUAGCAGCAUCUGGUAAUGGAACUCUGUGCCUGAGAACUUUCAUGCUGGAAAAUGGUAGUCCUUAAUUUUCUCAUUAAGGUUUCUGUAGCAGUACUUUGUUCCCCUGUGCUGGUCUCCUUUUCACUGUUAUUUAUGUGGUCCUGGAAGCUUUGUUGUGAAUAGCUGUGGCAUUUGCCCACAUCAGUUCUCACUGCUUCAAAAGCAUUUUACUCUUGGCUGUAUUCUCAUUUGCAAAUGCAUCAUUUAAGCAUUAGACUAUUCAUAUGGCUGUGAUCUGCAUUGUCAUGUUUUAUGUAACUACUUGUUAGUGAACCCGUUUAAUUUAUUUUUAUCUGAAGGUUAUAACUUGUCUUUCAGAAUCUGUAAACAUGUAUACUUGUGGCUGACAAGUAGCCCAUUAAGUUUUCCAAACUCGUCUUGUUUAAGUUUGGCUAGAUCAUAAAACUGACAGCUGUAAGCAAAGCAUUAUUCUUCUACCUGACAAAGGGAAAGAUCUGAUAGAAAUGGGUCCGUUCUUCAAAACCUGUAGGACCAGUUUCAAUGGCAUUAACUCCACUUCAGUCCAAACAUUCCCAGAAUGCCAAGAACCUGUACUGUAGUCUCCCAAAUGCACUGUGGCAUCCUACCUUCUUUAGAUCACUGUUACCAAGCUCAAACUGAGAUAACUGUCCCCUUUGUUUUUAUUUCCGUGCUUCUUUUGUCAUGUACCACUUUAACGUUCUCGUUUUUGGCUUCUUUGAACUUCUGUCUAUCCCUUGUUUGCUUGGGCCUAGGCCACGUGUUAAAAAAGAUAAUUUUUCUGUCUGUUAUUUUCUUCUUUGUUAGGUGAAGUUGAAAGUUUUUGUGCCGUGUUUUCUGACUACUGAUCUUGUAGUAUGUCUUUGUAAUUUUCAUACUGAGGAAGACUUUGUAAGCCAUUCAUUGUUGCCAUUGCUGUCCCUGCCAAGGUACUGCAUUUUUUAUGUUUCUGCAUUUAUACUGCAUUGUCUUGGUAGCUAGUUUUGUAUCAUCUUUGAGGUGCUUUGAAUGCCCAAACAAGAAGUAGUACAAACAAGUCUUUGAAUAAAACAGAGUUUUGUCAUUG